GCGGCACUCGCGGGGCCGUGCCAGCGCUCACGAACGGGCCCGGCGGCUCCGGCAGGGGCAGGAAAGAACCUCCCGGCCGCCUUUACCCCCUCCUUUUCCCCUCUUUUUGUCCCUCGGGUCUACAGGCGAGGACGCGGCUGUCACCGCGCUGCGGUGCGAGAAGGACGAGUCCGCCCGGGGAUCCGCGGCGAGCAGCGGAGAUUUGGGUGUGCGGGUAUUUGCUCGGUGUCUGCCACCUUUGUUUCUCCUCCUCUAGGCAGUGGGGUUUUAUUGGUGCCCAAGUGUCGGUGGCACGGAUCCUUGUGGGCAGCCGGAGUAGGAAAGCGCAGCUGCCUGAGCUGAUGCUGGAUCCAAGGAGUUCAUUGAUGGCCGGAGAGCGGGAAAGGCCUCAGCGAUGGAGCGGGGAGUGUUGGUAGCAAACAGGCUUUGGGCCGAGUCAGCGCUGUCCCCGCGGUGCGGCCGGAUCCUCCCCGGGCUGGAGCAGCGCCUCGCCGUCCCCGCCGUGGUGAGCUCCGUGACUUCCCGGCCCUACGCGGCGGCAGCAGCCAAAACUGCCAAAAAGGAUGACAAGAGGAGCAGACAGGUGAAGGAGAAGGAGAAGGUGAAGGAGAAGCCCCGCCCUCGGAGGCGGCCGCUGAUGAGCAAGCCCGUGGACGAUGUGUACCUGACGUGGCUCUACAGGAGACCCUCCUACGGGCUGGAACAGGCCGUGGCCAUGCUCAAGAGGUUCCAGGAGCUGGACUUCACCCACCCCAAGCAGUUUGUGUACAUCAAUGUGUUCCUGGACAUGGCGCUGCAGAAGAAGAAAAAAGUGGAGCCUUUUUCCAGUGGUGUCACUCUUCCCCAUCGCUUUACGGAUGAGGUGAACAAGGUUUUGGUGUUCACAGAGAAUGAGCAAGAAGCUGAGGUAGCUCGGGAGCACGGGGCUGCCAUCGUGGGAGGAGUUGAAUUAAUCAAAUGGAUCCUGGAGGAUGAAAUCCAGGCUGAUUUCUACGUGGCUGUCCCUGCCAUAAUACCCAAGUUAAUCCCCCUGAGGAACAAACUGAAGAAGAAGUACCCCAGCACCAGGAAAAAUUCCCUGGGCAGUGACAUUCCCAAAAUGGUGCAGUUCUUCAGAGAAUGCCACCAGUACACAGUAGAGGAUGAGAGUGUCAUCAAGACAAGAAUAGCCAGACUGGAUAUGCCCACUGAGCACAUAAUUGCCAACCUGAAAACAAUUAUCCAUGAUAUCUGCACCUUCAAGCCGUCCAAUUUGGAUCCCAUUGUGCAGAGGUUGGUUAUCAGAUCCUCCACCAGCGAGGGUUUGCAGCUGAACCUCGAUGGAAUCCUACCUCAAGUGGAGAAGGUAGAAGAAAAAGAGGAAGAAAAUGCAGGUGAUGAGGAUCAACAAAAACCUGCCCAAGAAUCUGUUAGUACCUGAUGUCUUUUCCUUGUGGACCUGGUGGUCGAGCUCGGGAAGUGAACGGUGUCAUUCAAAUCAUGCUCUCUGAGAACAAAAAAUAAAUGCAACGUGUGGAUUUCA